UAUUUUCAACUGAUGGAAUACUCUUUUUAUCAUUUGAGUUUUUUUCCGAACGAAAAUGUCAAAUUUCUGUACUUUCGGCCUGGCCUGGCCAGCAAGCAAAGUAAGCAAAGCAAGGCAGCAAGCAGUGCAGCAGUCGGUCGAACACACAUAGAUUAGAUUCUCUAUUUAUUAUUCGAAACAAAUGAAAAUUUUAAAACAUGUUCCAGUUAGUAAAUAUUAAGGGUAAUUAGUUAUCUUUACUAACAUUUUUACGAAUACCGAGAACCCAAACAGUAUGUUUAAAAGCCGCGGAGACAUUGUUUAUAAAUGCACAGUGCGGUUACUAGAAGAUACAGAGAUUUUGGAAUGUGAAUUUCAUCCAAGUUAUAAAGGAAAAUACCUCUUGGAGCAUGUAUGCCAACAGCUGAACCUUACAGAAACAGACUACUUUGGAUUACGCUAUGUAGAUGCUGGCAGUCAAAGGCACUGGUUGCAUAUGGCAAAAUUAAUACUGAAGCAAGUCAAAGAUGCAUCUCCAAUACUAUUUAGUUUCCGAGUGAAGUUCUACCCGCCAAACCCACUGUUACUGAAGGAAGAUGUGACAAGGUUCCAGAUAUACUUGCAGCUGAAGAGGGAUCUACUUCAUGGACGGCUGUACUGCACGGCCAAUGAGGCUGCCAUGUUGGGAGCACUUAUUAUUCAGAUUGAGCUAGGUGAUUAUGAUCCCAAUAUUCACGUUGGUAACUAUGUGAGUGAGAUGCGGCUGCUUUUGAGACAGACUGACACGAUCGAGGCUAGGAUUCAGGAGUUACACAGGGAGCCGGUGGCGGGGACGCCGGAGGGUGGCGGGGGCGCGGGCGGGGGCGGGGUGCAGGGCAUGUCCACGCAGGAGGCCGAGCGGACCUUUCUCAAGAUCGCCUGCCAGCUGGACACCUACGGCGUCGACCCUCAUCCCGUCAAGGACCACCGUGGCAACCAAUUAUACCUUGGCAUCAACCACAGCGGCAUCUUGACCUUCCAGGGCAGCCGCAAGACCAACCACUUCAAGUGGUCCGAGGUUCACAAGAUCAAUUUCGAGGGACGGAUGUUCAUAGUGCAUCUCAACUACCCUGAGAAAAAGCACACAGUGGGGUUCAAAUGUCCGAGCGGAGCCGCGUGCAGGCACGUGUGGUGUUGCGCCAUAGAGCAGAUGUUGUUCUUUACGUUGUCGUCGUCGUCGGAGGCUAGCGUGUACUCGGGCGGGGGCCUGUUCUCGUGGGGCACCAAGUUCAGGUACGUGGGCCGCACCGAGCGCGAGAUCCUGCAGCGCGACGGCCUCCUCGCGCCCAGGGACGAACAGGAGGAGUCGGCGGGCGCGGGCAAGCGCAAGGCCAACAGCGUGCCGGCCACGCCCUCCACGCCCAUGACUGGUGAUUUUGUCGUCGCAGGUUACAGCAGCCUGCCGCGGUCGACGCACAGCGCGCCGCUGGAGGCGGGUGCGGGGGUGGGGGCGGGGGCGGAGGCCUGCAAUGGCGGCUGUCUGCUGAGCGGACCCGCCGUCGACAUUGCGCUGGCCUGCUGCGACCCGCUGCGGCCCGUGCUGGAGGAGCCCAAGCCGCAAUUACCGUGCGCGGCACCGGAAUACAGCUUACGAGAUUCAUUCGAGCACUCAUCAACAGAGUCCGGGGCCACGUGCCCCGCGGCGCCCCCCCCCGCGGACUGGGGCCGCCUCCCCCCCGCGCUGCAGCCCCCUCCGCGCCCCUUCAGUCUGCUCCGAGCAUUCGUACCCUCAUUCCUCUUCGUCUGGCUAUCUCUAGCUCUCCUAGCAUUACUAGUCUUCGAAACAGACAUAGCAUUAUUCAAAUCCCUCAAACACAAGCCAGAGUUCAUUGCCCUUCGAAGACACUACUACGCCCCCCUGAAGGAAUACUUGAGACGGAAGAUGGUCGAACUGUUCUGAUUCGCCCGCGUCGACCCGACGUCCAAAUCGAAACUUAGACGUCGAUUCGACACGACCGAUAUCUAUCGUCGGUUCCAUUACGGAUAACAUAUAAUUUAGCCCUUAGUUAAAUGUAAACUGGGUUUGGGUUAUUGUCUAGUUUCGACCUGUGAAUAGUAGAUGGCGCUGAACGAUCUAAGCGUUUUCCGAUUUAAUACGUUUGCUAAUGUAAUGUCUAAAAUUUAAUGGCGAAACAAGUGACAUUGUACCGAUGUCGAAUGUGUGUACUAUUCAUGGAAUCAGUAUGUACUUGUACGAAGUACUUACUAAAUCCAUGGUACUAUUAUAUACAUGACUUCUACAUACAAAAAGUACAAUGUAAGGGGUGACAGAGACGACGUAAUAAAGUGUUAGUUAACUAACGUGACAUGUUAGUUAUAUUCUAAAUCGAGAUGUUUUUGCUUGUCAUGUUAUAAAAAGUUUAUCACGGACUAUUUAGUAGAAUGUCACUCGAUUUCCACACUCAUGUGCCGAGAAAUCGGGAUAACGCGCACAACAUUAGGGCUCAGUGCGGGUUUGCAAUUUACACUUCACUAUCAAGUCUUACCGCAGUUAAAGAGAGGUGUGUUGCUAACUCCACUGCCCUGACUCUGUGGUUAAUCCUGACUGCGACUCCUAAGUGUCAAAUUUUCGGGCACAUUUUGAUAGAAUCGUUUGUAAUUAGUAUAGACUUGAUUAGCAUUUUCAUUCGGUUGGAAUAACAGAUUUCAGAUGCAGAAUGUAGAUUUUAAUUUCUAACUCUUGGGCUCAAUAUUACAUAGUUAUUUUACAGAGGUAAAAUAUACUAGUUAUUUUUUUUAAAUGUUUAUAUCACACCAUGUACUGUGCGAUCCAAUUUUGCCACAAAUACUACUUUUAGGUAUAGAAAAGUGUACGUACAGAAAUUUAAAAUAAAAUAACGGAAAUUUUCAAUAUGCAGAUUCAUCAUCCAGGAUUAUGAAAUGCAAUAUUAAUGUAUGCUUACAAAAUAUAAGGUUAAGUAUAUAUUUAAAAUGAGGCUAAAUAUCAGGACGAAGUUUGUUAUCCCAAACGGCUAUUCAUUUAUCUGUAAGAUAUGACUACAUGCGCUAGAAUAAGUCACUAUAAAUACGCUUCUACAAGUAUGACAGUAUAAUUAUUUGUAAGCCUAUUACUUUUCGCACAAACUUGUUAAAGCCUGCUUUUAGUUAACUUUACACACUCGAAUUUAUAGCACUAUUUAACUAAACUAUGAUGCUUAUAGCACAAAAUGUUAUUAUUUUUAUACUUUUACGUGAAUUACUUAUCAUUACUUAUUUUAUUAUGUACAAACUUUUCCUAUUAUGUUACUAUAAGAACUGUGAUGCUACGGAAUCUCUAUUUUAAUUAAAUAUAUAUUUUGUUACAUUCCACUCAAGAUUUUAGUCUUCCAAAUAGAUCUUAUUUAUUUUUGUUAACUACUUUGGCCGUUCACUUGACACUUCAUUUAUCAUACAAAUAACUUUCAUUAAUUCACACAUUAUUUAAAAUAUAUUAUCGGUGUCUUCAGCGGUUAAUUAGUUAAUGUUUUGUUUCUAGGUUUUAAGAUAUGUUAAUGCACAAGUGAUAUAUAUAUCUCGCUUAUAUAAAAUUACUAGACAGCACGGACAAAAAUAAGUGCCAUCUUGAAAUUUUAACUAGUCAUAAUUAUUAGCAAGAAAUGCAAUGCACAAUAUUUUUUUUACAAUAAAAUCUACUUAAUUUUGUUUUAUGCUUGACAUGACAAAUAUUUUUUAUAUCUUGACAUGUCAAUUAGGAUAAGAUAUUAUUAUUUAAUUGUACACUUACGGCGUACUAUCCCAGUUUUAGCGAUGAAAUAUGUAAGUGAAGUCCUAAUGAAGGAAUUGGUUUGGAAUGUUUAUUUCUUGUUAUUAUUUAUUUGUAAAAUUUUGUACUGUCAGUUAAUAUAUUUAUGUCAAUAAUUUUAUUUCUUAUUGGAAAUAACAUUUAAUUUAUGAGAAUGGGUAAUGCCUUAUUAGAUUUGAGUGUUUAGAAUAAGAAAUAAUUCGCGAUUCAGAAUAGUGGACGUAAAUGAACUGCAGCAUUUAAAUGUUAGAGACACACUUAAAUUGUUAACAUUUGUAAUUUAAUUUAUUUUAUAAAUAAUGCAUUUUAAUAAAAAUACAUUGAGCUUCA